AUGUCCGCAGCAUACAAUGACUCAACGCCCGCCCACAUUCCACAGAGACACAAAGAGAGCAAAAAGCGUUCCCGUGAGGGAGACGAAUGGGUUAACCACGAUUUCCAGCAACCGGCCAAUUCCCGCGUCAAACGCCAACGGCAAUUUCUGGAACCGAGAUAUCCUAGUGAGAUUGAAAAUGAUGCUGUGGAAAAUCCUCCCUACAUCCCAGUUAUCGACGUUGAGGACAUUUCAGAUGAGGUAGAGGCACGCUUGAAGCUAAAGGAAGAAGCACGAAGAAACAGGAUGGGGAAGAAAGACCGGAAACGCAAACGAGAUAGUACCGGUUCAGUCACUGGGAAUUCUACCGGCGUCAACGAUGCUGUACCGAAACGUAAAAGAUCCAAACUCACCGGAGAUCCGGGGAGGAAUCAUGAGAGAGGACAGGGCGCGGAAACGGAGAAAAGACAUGUUGAAAUGAGACAUCGAUGA